AUGGCUCUCACCAAUGGAGAGACCGUCACUAUUUCCAUCCGUCGUCCAACGGAGACCCCCGCCAUCUACGUUGCGGGGACCUUCUCGAAUCCCAAGUGGGAGCCCUUGGAGCUCAGCGCCAAACCCGUAGAGCACAAGGAAGCGAACGGGGACUCCACUAAGACCGAAUACCUCUUCUCCCGGGAUGUUGAAUUGCCCGAGGGUCAAUACCAGUAUCGGUUCAGGGAGGGUUCUGACGGACCGUGGUUCCACGAUAAGGAUGCGAAGCAUGCUGCUGACGACGAAGGCGUCGUCAACAAUAUCCUCAGUGUUGCCUCGAGUUCGCCCGCUGCGGCGCCCAUUGCUGCAGAAGCUAAGUCUGUCGAGAAGGAAACCGAAACUCCUCUUGAGAAUGGCACCAGCGAGAAAGUCGAGGAGACUGCGAAAGAGGCCGAGGUGCAAACCACAACGACGACCGAGGCGGUGAAGGUUGAAGCGCCAAAGGAGACUGAUAUCCUCGUGGUUGCUGAGAAAGACCUCCACGCUGAGUCGGAACCCACAGCACAGGAGGUGAAGCCGGAGCCUCUUUCCGAGACGUCCAACCAGAGCGGCAUCCAGAAGGAUGUCGGAACAGAACCUGGCUCUAACGCAGCCGCAGAACCUAAGACCAACGGCACACACUCUACUGAAGAGAUUCCUGGUUCACAACCUGAUGAUGCUGUUGUGGAGAAGGCGGAGCCAGUGGAAGAGAAGGCAGCUGAGGCUUCUUUGACAACUACAAAAGACGACGAAGAAGACAAGCCUGAAGAGAUCCCCAGCACUUCGGUUGAAGCCGAGAAGCCUAAGGCAAAGGAGGUUGAGAAGGCUGAGGAUCAGAAGCCGCAAGUUGUUGAAAUCGUCCCUGUUGCAGUUGAAGAAAAGACGGAAGCCGCUAAAGAAUCACAAGAACCAGAGUCUGCUUUUGAGAAGUCUCAGGAAGAAACUUCGUCUGCGCAAACGGAGACGGAGGAAGUGCCUGUUGCGGAAUCUAACCCAGUGGAGCCAUCUUCAGCCGAACCAACACAUGCCGAGACGGCCCCUACAGAGACAGCCACUGAUGAGGCGCCACUCGAAGAAUCCACCGAGAAAACAGUGCCUGCGGGGCCUAUCGCUGCAGAGAAGCUUCAAACAACCAUCGAGGACGAGUCACCCUCUCUCAACAAUGUGGAAGAACAGCCAGCACAGGAGUCUGUCGAGGCGAAGAAGGCGACCGAUGAGCCAGUCGAGGCUUCCGGUGUCGAGCACUCGGCUACCGAUGAGACUGCUGUUGAGGAACCGAUCAAGGAUUCCACCCCUGAGGAGAUUCCUGAAGAUUCUAAGAAGGAAGUUGCUGCAGAGAUCCCUGUCGUGGAGUCAUCGACGACCGAGAAGGUCGAAGAGACAGCCCCUGACGCUCAGGAGCAGCCAGCUGUUGAAGAAUCCACCAAGGAACCGAUCCAGGAGGAACAAGCAACUGAGACAGUCGUUGCCAAAGAACAGGCUAAGGAGGCACUGGUCGAGGCAGUUUCUGCAGAGGAGCCUGAGGCGAAAUCCGCAGAAAUACCUGCCGUCGCCGAAGAGUCUGCUAAAGAGACUGUCGUCGACGAGUCUUCUGUUGAGAUUGCUUCCACAGAGGAUUCCGCACCUACUGCGGAGGUGACGGCCGCCAAGGAGCCCGAGGCGCCGGCAACGGAAGAGCCAGCAGCUGAUGAAACCAUCAACAACGAGGUUGAGGUACCAACGGAAGAGCCUACUGCUGCCCAAGAGUCCGCCAAGGAGCCUAUCAGCAAUGAUCUGGCAGUCCAGGCGCCUCAGGCCGAAGAAUCAACAAAGGGAUCCUCUACCGAAUUGGCAGCCGCAGAAGAAAUCACCGGCAAGGAGGCUGAGACACAUACAGAGGUGUCUACCGCUACCGAAGGACCCACCAAGGAGCUUGUCAGUGAUGAGCCUGCCGUUCAAUCUGCCUCAACCGAGGAGACCGAGAAACUAGCUAAGGACGAGACCACUCCAGUGGUAGCUGCCGAGGAACCUGAGCCACAGGCAGCUAAAGAAGCUGCUGUUGAGGGGACACCUGCCACAGAGCUCGAAGCUUCAACGGAAGAGUCCACUACUGCAGGGGAGCCUGCUAAGGACCCAGUCAGCGAGGAAACGCCGAAUCAAACUCUUCCUGCCGCGGAACCUCCCAAGGAAGCCACACCAGAAGAGGCUGCCAAAGAUGAGCCUGCAACCGAAACAGCACCAGAACCCGCUGUUGCCGAAGCAGACGUCAAAGAACAAGUUCAUGAUAACGCUGCGACCGAAACUCUGGCUGAGGACAAGCCGGUCACUCAGGAGACUGUUGCUGAAGAGUCUUCCAAGCCAUCGGAAGUGAUCGAACCAGUAGUCUCAGAAGUUGCCGCUGAAACUCCAGCCACUGAAGAGGCUGCUUCGAGUGAAAAGCCUGCGGUAGUGCCCAAGGCUGAAGAGCCAGAGGUUGAGGAACACCCCGUUACCCAGGAACCCGCAAACGAGUCCAAGGUCGAAGCAAGCGAGGAAAUGGCUGCUGAGUCCAAGGACGAGGCUCCUGCUGCUCCCGAGGCGACAGAGGCACCGGUUCCCGAGACGGCCACUGUACCUGCGAGCGAAUCUCCUGAGGUCGAAGCUGCAGCUAAAGAGCCGGCCACUGUUGAACCGGCUCUAGAAGCUAUCGCGACCACCGGAGAGCAAGCUAGCGAAGAGGUGACUAUCAACGAGUCCACGGAAGCUGCGGCUACCAAGGAAGCAGUUCCUGCGGAAGUAUCUGAGGUAAAGGAGGCAAUUGAAGAACCUGUUGCCGUUACUGAGAAGUUCGAAUCGCCUGCCGACGAGCCUACUCUUUGCAAGGAUUGCGGUCCCGAGAAGGCUACAACUGAGGAGGCCGCCGCCGCCGCCCAGGAAACCAAGACCAGCGACGAGACUGCUGAAGAAACCAAGGCCACUGAAGUGACUAUUGAAGAGCCAAGUGCCGUGGAGACACCUGAAUCCGCCCCGGUUGAGGAGGCCGUUGAGCCGAAGACAGUGACGGAAUCCGAAGCGGUGGCACCGGUUGCUGAAGAACCCGUCGAAACCGCGGCUGCCCAGGAGGAAGCUUCUGAGAAGGAGCUUUCUGAAGAGGCAGCCUCUAAGGAUGUGAAGGUAGAGGAACCCUCUACUGUUGAGGAAGUUGUUUCUUCGAAGCCCGCAACGGAGGAUCCAGUCUCAGAGCCGCAGACCAGUGAGGUGACUGAACCUGCUGAACAGGAAACCACCCCUCAGGCACCUGCUCAAGAUGAAGUUGCCGAGGUGGCAGUGACUGAAGAACAGCAGGAAGAUGUGUCCAUCGACAAGGAAGCUCCUAAGGAAUCAGUGACUGAUAGCGUUGUCGAGGAGACUGCACCGGUAGAAGCUACUGUGACCGAAGUGGCUGCCGCUAUCCCUGCUGUUGAUGAACUUGCAAAGAAUGAGAGUCCUAAAAAUGUAGUGUCUGGAGAGCCCUCUCAGGAGUCAACUCCCGAGGCACCAACUGUCCAGGAGCGGGCCACUGAAGCGGUUACUCCUAGCCCGUUGGCCGAUGAGCCUGCUGUGGAGAAGCAAGUCGAAGCCUCGGCUACGGUCGAGGAAUCCCAAGAAGAAGAGAAACCCGCGGAACAGCCCGCAGUCAGCGAGCCACAAGAGGAGCUCGCAGCAGAGCAGGUCCCCACCAAGGAUGUUGCUGAGGAGCCAGCCGCAGAAGAAGCGACCAAGCACACAGAGGAGACAGAGGCUGCUAAGCCGGUGGUUGAAUCUGCUGCCGAGCCGGCCGUCGAACCCACCACUGAGCCCGUCGAGUCUGUCGAGCCCGUUGCUGAGCCCGUUGCUGAGCCCGUUGCUGAGCCCGUUGCUGAGCCCGUUGCUGAGCCCGUUGCUGAGCCCGUUGCUGAGCCCGUUGCUGAGCCCGUCGCUGAGCCCGUCGCUGAGCCCGUCGCUGAGCCCGUUGCUGAGCCCGUCGCUGAGCCCGUCGCUGAGCCCGUCGCUGAGCCCACCAUUGAACCCGUGACUGAGAAGCAAAGCGAGGCUCAGGAGGUUGAAGAGACUACCGACGGAGCGGAGCCUGAGGCCGUCAAGGAGGAUUCCACUGAGACAGCAGCAGAACCUGAGGUCAAUGGUGUGGUCAGCAGCAGUGGCGAGGUAGACCAAUCUCUGACUGGUGAAGAGGAGGCCGCUAAGAUUGAAUCCGAACCAGUAGCCUCUGAGAAACCCAAGGUGGAAGAGUCUAUCCCUGCUUCUAAUGGCGACUCUUUGGUUGAGAAAGACAUCGAUCCUUCCGCUCAGCCUGUUCCUCCAGUUCAGGAUGCCACUCCCGAGCCCACCGUGGAGGCCGCCAAGGACUCAGAAGAAAAAGACUCGAUUGUGACUCCUGAGCUUGUUGGAGCUGGUGCCGCAGCUGCCAUAGCUGCUGGUGCUGUUGUUGCUGGAGUCGCUUCCACGUCUCACAAAGAGCCUGAAAUCGUUACUACGCCUAAGGACACUGUGGACGCCAAGGAACCGUCUCAGCCUAAUGACGGCAAGCAGGAAACUUCCCACCUCAUGCCUGCAGCCCAGACAGCCGACAAUAAGCACACGGAAUACGCCACUUCAAAGGACAUGCCCACACCCGAGCCUGAAAGUGAUCCCGCUCUCGCAGCACUUGCUGGCGAUCGCGAAGCUCUUCUCCGAAAGCUGGAGUUGCCAUCUACUGAACAAUUGCCUGCGGAACCUACUCCGUCCACCAGCGAUGACCAGGCUGUGAAGCCAGCCGCUCACGAUGAGCGCGCCCCUGCUUCUACCGACGGCCCCUCCAUCGCGACCGAGUCUUCUGCUCCUACUGAGGGCGAUGUCGGCAAGGCAGUUGCCCCCAAGAACAACGAGGAGCCUCGUUCUCCCAGUCAAAAUCGGUCAGUCACUGCUGUUUCCUUGAACCAUAAGCGAGACAGCUGGUUGAGGACUAUUUUGCGUGCCGUCUUCGGCAAUUUCUUCGGCGCCAUCUUCUCGCCCUUCCGCCGUCGUGGAGGGACGAACCAGUAG